AUGCCACCCAUGGCUCCAAUGCAUAAUGAGCCACAUGUCUUGAACCAAAUUAUCAUUUCACCCUCAGAUACAGAUUAUCUAGAUCAGCUCAUUCCUUCGAUCCGAGAUUACAGCGUUGGAAAUCGCACUCCUCAACUACUGCAGUCGCUGUCACGGUUCGCAGGCGACAAGGAGUCCGAGAUCGAAAGCAUAUGCAAUACAAAUCAUCAGGAGUUUGUUUCAUCAGUCAAUUCACUGCUCCGGAUUCGAGAAGGAACAGUGAGCUUGACGGCAGAGAUCCUAGACUUGAACCAAUCUAUUCAAACCAGUACUGAGCGCCUAGCCGAGCAGAAGAAGGCGCUGGUAGAAUCGCGUGGCCACCGGCAAAAUAUUGAUGAGACUAGUCGCGCCAUUCAGGAUUGCUUAGAGGUGUUGCGUCUAGCUAAUCAAGUCCAUGACCUCUUGGCAAAGAAGAACCACUAUGCCGCGCUGCGCGCGCUUGAAGAAUUGCAAAAUGUUCAUUUGAAGGGCGUGACGCAAUACAAGAUUGCGGUCAUGAUCCAACGCUCAGUUCCAGCGACACAAAGGGCCAUUGCUGAAGCAGUCAUGUCGGAUCUGAAUACCUGGCUUUAUCGCAUCCGAGAAAUGUCUCAAUACCUCGGGGAGAUUGCGCUCUUCCACACAGACCAGCGGAAAUCAAGACAAAAGCAAAGAGCGGAAAGAAUACCAUAUCUCGAGCAUUUCAAUUUGAACUCCGCCAUUGAAUUAGUAUCGGAUGAAGAUGAAGAGUAUGAUUUGCUUCAUAAUGAAGACCUUCAAGUUGACUUUACACCGCUGUUCGAGUGUUUGCAUAUUCAUCAAUCUUUGGGACAUAUGGAUAAAUUUCGGAUUGAGUACGCGACCACUCGCCGAAGACAAAAAGAGCUUUUGCUUCCGUCCUCUAUCACACUGGUUGAUGAGGAUGGCUCCAGCCUCCACAAUCUCCUGGAAGAAAUGGCCGGGUUUGCCAUUGUUGAACGAGCUACAAUGAAAAGAGCCCCUGACCUCAGGUCGUCGGUCGAUAUCGAUGAGUUGUGGGAUUCGAUGUGCCAAAGCGCUGUAAUAUUGAUAUCGAAGGCACUGCAUGAAGUCGAUAACGCCGAGAGCAUUCUCAAUAUCAAGAAUCUGAUUGCUCUAUUCAUGCAGACGAUGAACACAUGGAGCUUUACUGUGCGGGUCUUCGAUGACUUGUUGUUGACACUAUUUGGGAAAUAUGCUGAGCUUCUCAAGAAAAGGUUCAGUGACGAUUUCCAGGAGAUUGUAUCAACGGAUGAUUACAUGCCCAUGCCGAUACAGACCCAAGAGGAGCAUGACAAAGUCCUCAACGUGAGUUGGUACAGCCCUGAAAAGUCUCGUGAGGAGCAAGUCUUCCCAUGCAUAUUGCCAUUCUCCCGAAUGUAUCCUUUAUGUUGCAUUGAUAUCCAGAAUUUCUUGAAUCAGUUUUACUUCUUCGCAAAUGACGGCUUCGCAGAUACAAACGUGAUUGAUGAAACAUUGAAAAAUGAUCUGGAUGACCUACUCUCACAGAAAGUCUGUGACACCCUAGUGGAGCGUCUCUCCUCGCAAUAUCUGGGUCAAAUUGUCCAAAUUCUUAUCAAUCUGGAACACUUCGAGCUGGCUUGCCGCGAGCUGGAGCUCUUAUUGGCGGCGGCCCGAUCACAAAACUCCACCGGCAUCUCAAUCACGUUGAGGGCCACUGAAAAGUUCAGGAGCAACAAGAAGGCAGCCGAGAAGCGUAUCUUUGAGGUAGUCAAUUCCAAGAUUGAUGAUCUUAUCGAAACAGCAGAAUACGAGUGGAUGACUCCUACACCACCCACAGAACCCAGCAAUUACAUGCAGACCUUGACACGGUUCUUGUCCAAUAUCAUGAACUCCACAUUGUUGGGUUUGCCGACAGAAAUUAAAGAGCUCAUCUAUUUCGAUGCUCUUAGCCAUGCUGCCAACAUGAUUCUGGCGCAACCACUUUCCCCAGAUGUGAAGAAAAUCAAUCCCAACGGAGUGACAGCAUUAGCAAAGGAUGUUGAAUAUCUCGCCCAGUUCGUCGACAGUUUGAAUGUACCAAUUCUUCGAGAAAACCUGGACGAGUUACAACAGACUGUGCAGUUGAUGCAAGCGGAUAGCGCAGAUGAGUUCUACGAUAUUUCUACAAGGAACAAGAAAUAUGGACGUGUUGAUGCCAUGCAAGGGCCGAUCCUGCUGGAAAAGCUCACACGCACGGUUCAAGCUCCCACGAAGGUGGAUAAGUUUGCAACUCUCUCCUCGCGAUUUAAGAAAUCCGGAUGA